AUGCAAAUUUUCAUUGGCAUGUUAGGGGGAAAGACGACGAUGCUGGACGUAACGCCCUCUAGCACAGUUAAUCAUACAAGGGCGAAGAUCGAAGCCCGCACCUUUAUCCCGACAGACCUACAGCGUCUCACAUUCAUGGGGAAACAAUUGAAGGGCAGUUGUACGCUGUCUGAAUACGGGAUCGGGGACAACUCCAGGCUUUAUCUCAGCCUCCGUCUUCGUGGUGGUAUGCAGAUCUUCGUGAAGACCAUCACUGGAAGAACGAUAACAUUGGAGGUGGAAUCGUCAGACACGGUGGGACAAGUGAAGAGGAAAUUCUGGCAGAAGGAGGGCAUUCAUCCAGAUGUUCAAUGUUUGUUCUUUGAGGGAAAGGUUUUGGAAGAUGAAUUCACGCUUUCACAGUAUCAUGUGCGAAACGAAUCUAUGCUUCAUAACCCUGCACUUGCGCCUCUCUUUGUAGCGGUUGGCGCUGGCAUUGCUGGAGCCACAUGGUUCGGCUCUCACUACCUCCGUAACAACCCAGAUAUCAUCGUCGAUAAGCGAAACACGCCUCAGCCAUGGUUGAACGUCCGCCAGGACCAGCAAACGAAGCUUUAUACUCCUAGUGAGAAUGGUUCUUUCUGGGCCUCGCGGCAGGGAAUGGCUCAGCCUUCCGAAGUCUACUCUGCAAAGGAGAAGGUCAAGGAAAUCAAAGCUCGCGCUGCUCAGCAUUAA